AUGCAUCUCAGACACGUCCUGUCGGCCAUUGCCUUUGUGGUCAUCACUGUCAAUGGCCGUCCCAUUCUCCGAGGCUCCUUGGCCGAGGAAUGCGCCAAUCGUGGGAUGCCUAACCUAAGCAAUGCCGACUUCAACACCAAUGUCCACGAGAAACGGUCGAACGCUGUGCACCCCGGUCUUUACCCCGGCGGCGUGGAUGACAAGCUCGCUUCCGUCUAUGAGGGAGCGAAGCGCGACAAGGUGAAGAACCCGAGUAAUUCGGGGCCCAGACCGAACCUCGGAUCCAUGCCGGAGCGGGCGGUGCACCUCGUGAGGAUUUCCGAAUCUGAUUCCAGCAGUCAGGGCCAGGGCUCUGAUUCCUCACCCAUCCAACAGCCUAUGCCUCUCGUUUACCAGAGGGCGCAUUCAAGUCAUCUCGAGGCCGACAUGGCCAAUGACGUCGAUGUCGGCAAUCAACCCGAGGUAGAAAACAUGCGAGAGACACCGACGGCGCAUGAGAAGACCAGCAUCACCGAGUCCCAGAACGCUGUCGAGUCCCAGGCUUCUUCUGAUCCCUUCCCAAGUGUCCCUCACCAACAGGUUCGAGAGCUGCAUCCCAUUCCGGCCACCGAAAAAUUAAAUGACGGGGACAAUAGCAUGGUUGCGAACUCGAACAGGCGAGUGGUUGCAAUCUUGCGUGCCUGGCCGCACAAUGGCGACACGCACCAGAGCACGCCUCGAGAGGAGGAAAACAAGCAGACCAGAAAGGCUCCGCAGAACCAAGCCAUGCCUCAGCCGGAACUGAUGGACUCUCUCCGGGCAGCGAUGGGCGACAGCCAUAUGUAA